ACUACUUUAAUUUGUUGAAAAUAAUUGUAGGCCGUGUUAAAUAACAACUUUGUUAUUUACUGCAUAAAAAUGAACGCUACGCGUAAGCACAUUUUGGAUCAAAUCAAAGUGCAAGGCGAUCUCGUGCGUCAAUUAAAAGCCGCUAAGGAAAGCAAAGAAAAGAUUGAAAAUGAGGUUGCGCGUCUGCUGGCGCUUAAGGCCGAACUCGGCGAUGAUGCAGCGCCAACGAAUCAAAAGUUUACUCUAAAGACGCCCAAGGGUACACGUGACUAUGCGCCGCAGCAGAUGACGUUGCGUCAGAGCGUGCUGGACAGGAUUGUGCAGGUGUUUAAGCGUCAUGGCGGCGAGGCUAUCGAUACGCCGGUGUUUGAGCUAAAGGAGGUGCUUACAGGCAAAUAUGGUGAGGAUUCCAAGCUGAUUUAUGAUCUUAAGGAUCAAGGCGGCGAAAUUCUGUCCAUGCGCUAUGAUCUAACUGUGCCGUUAGCACGCUACCUGGCUAUGAAUAAGAUCUCCAGCAUUAAACGCUAUCACAUCGCUAAGGUCUAUCGUCGCGAUAACCCAGCGAUGACACGAGGUCGCUAUCGUGAGUUCUAUCAGUGUGACUUUGACAUAGCCGGCUUAUAUGAUCCUAUGCUGGCGGAUGCUGAAUGCGUCAAGAUUGUGUCAGAGGUGCUGGAUACGCUGGACAUAGGCGAUUAUGUUAUUAAGCUUAAUCAUCGACAGCUGCUGGAUGGCAUGUUUGAGGCUUGCGGUGUGCCCGCAAGUAGCUUCCGUGCGAUAUGCUCAGCGGUGGAUAAGUUGGAUAAGUCACCUUGGCAAGAUGUUCGCAAGGAAAUGGUCGAUGAGAAAGGACUAGAUGGCGACACUGCUGACAAAAUUGGUCAAUAUGUGCGACUGAGUGGCGGCGCUGAGCUCGUAGAGCAACUGCUGGCGGACGAGAAGCUGAAUGCGGUGCCAAAUGCUGUAAAAGGAUUGGAAGGCAUGCAGCUGUUGCUUAAAUACUGCGCGCUUUUCAAUUUGGAGCAACGCAUAAGUUUUGACUUGAGCUUGGCACGUGGCUUGGACUACUAUACGGGUGUUAUCUAUGAGGGCGUGCUGAAAGGCGAACAAGAUCAAGCUGCUUCACCAGCAAAAACAACACAAAACGGCGAAUCGUCGGAGUCUGAGUCUAGCGGCACAGUGGGAUCUGUGGCAGGAGGAGGACGUUAUGAUAAUCUCGUGGGCAUGUUUGAUCCACGCGGCAAAGCUGUGCCCUGUGUGGGCGUCUCUAUAGGCGUCGAACGCAUUUUCUCUGUGCUGGAAGCGCGUGCUGCAGCUAAUAAAACCAAGCUGCGCACUAACGACGUGGAAGUCUUUGUAGCCUCCGCUCACAAAGGUCUACAUGAGCAGCGCUUGCGUGUGCUCAAUCAGCUCUGGGCAGCGGGCAUUAAGGCAGAGCAUUCCCUGAAGCUCAAUCCCAAGCUAUUGGCGCAGCUGCAACACUGCGAGGAGCAUCAAAUACCUUUGGCCAUUGUUUUGGGCGAUGAUGAGCUGUCCCAGGGCUUGGUUAAGCUGCGCGAGGUGACCACGCGGAAGGAGUCAAACGUUCCUUUAACUGAUCUCUCUGCUGAGAUACGCCGUCGUCUGCCCCUUUAAAGAACAAAACACAUUACUCGCAAUGUUUUGGAUAUUAUAUUUGGUAUGGUACUUAUUAUUAUUAUAAAUUAAUCAAGCGACAAUGCAACAAUAAUAAGCCAGACAUAAAUACUGCUACUAUAUAUUCAAUAUAUGUUGGCUGGCAUUUAGUUGUACGCAUAAGUUAUAGAAUAACUGAAAACAAAUCAAAAACGCUGUUGCAUUUAAAGGUAAAUUUAACAUUGCGCAAUGUUAAAAUCAAGCUGGAAUUGCUCUCCUGUUAACUAUCUGCUAUUUUACAUUAUCAGCUGACUGGUCAUUAUUUUUAACAUACUGGUAACUCCCUGUUAAUAAAUAACCGACAGAAAAACAUUACCGAUGACAACAUAAUAUUACUCUACAUUAAGAAUAUAUUU